AUGAGUACUCUAACACCCAACGAAGCUCGUUGUUUGAAUGCAAUUGCCCACUUUUUGCUUGAUGAUCACGAUGAAUUCUCCGAUGGGACGACGAAUUCUCCGAUACCAACGGAUGCUAAUGUUUGUGGGGAGAAUCGGGAAAGGCAUUACAGGGGAGUGAGGUUCGUCAAGGCUCGCCGGAAAUAUGCUGCAGAGAUUCGAAACCCUAAAAAGAAGGGUUCCAGACUUUGGCUUGGCACCUUCAGUACAGCUGAAGAAGCUGCAACAGCAUAUGACCGUGCGGCUUUCCAACUUCGCGGUUCAAAGGCUAUUCUCAACUUCCCUAUCAACGCUCAGUUCGGACGGUAUGAGGAUCCUUUCCUCAGUCCUUCUUUUCGGACAGAAUAUCAGAGGGGUAGGAAAAGGAAAGAUGAAUCUGAUUUAUCCCACGACAAUAGGAUGGAGUGA